ACGUUUUCACCUUGCCUCAGCUUCCCCUCCUGAGGGAGUGUGUGAGUCACUGAGUGCCUGUGCUCACACCACAUGUUGGCAGGGGUGCACUCAAGAGGAUGUGCAGUUGUCUCCCAGACUCACCAACAAAUUGAACUGUGAAUUUGGGAUGGCAGGUACGUGCUGGGAGAAGGCAAAAGGACAACAACAGCUUUGUGUGCUGGUGAAGUAAACAGACAGUUGCAGAUCUGAUCUCUUCUGAGCACCUCACCGUGUCUCCAUCCUUGGGACUCUGAACCCAGCAGCUGGACCACUUUGUCCUUGGAAUUUUGGGUGUCCUCUCUGCCCACCUUCCCUUUCCCCCUCCCCCCCCUCCCGAGAACUCCUGAAGACUGUAGGAGGGCCAUGGAGUCCAGGGAGAUCUUAAGCAGCUCCCGGCAGAGGGGGAGCGAGUCGGAUUUCCUGCCCGGCUCCUCGGCCAAGCCCCCGGCCCCCGGCUGCCCGGGAGAGGCCUUGCUGUCCGCCCCCGGGGCCGGGAAGGGGCUCCCAGGGGCCGGAGAGCGCAUGGAGCCCGAGGAGGAAGACGAGCUGGGCUCGGGGCGGGAUGUGGAUUCCAACUCCAACGCCGACAGCGAGAAGUGGGUGGCAGGAGAUGGCCUGGAAGAACAGGAGUUUUCCAUCAAGGAGGCAAACUUCACGGAGGGGAGUCUGAAGCUGAAGAUCCAGACCACAAAGCGGGCUAAGAAACCCCCAAAGAAUCUGGAGAACUACAUAUGCCCACCGGAGAUCAAGAUCACCAUCAAGCAGUCUGGGGACCAGAAGGUGUCCCGUGCUGGGAAAAAUAGCAAAGCCACGAAAGACGAAGAAAGAAGCCACUCCAAAAAGAAGCUCCUCACAGCCAGUGACCUUGCAGCCAGCGACCUCAAAGGAUUUCAGCCACAGGCUUACGAGCGGCCACAGAAACACUCAGCUCUCCAUUAUGACCCAGGCCUCCCACAAGACUUCACCGGUGACACCUUAAAACCAAAGCACCAGCAAAAAAGCAGCAGCCAGAACCACAUGGACUGGUCCACCAACUCUGACAGUGGACCUGCCACUCAGAAUUGCUUCAUCAGUCCAGAAUCUGGCCGAGAGACUGCAAGCACCAGCAAGAUCCCAGCUCUUGAGCCCGUGGCUGCCUUUGCAAAGGCCCAGGGUAAGAAAGGCAGUGCAGGGAGCACAUGGAGUCAGUUGUCCAACAGCAGCAAAGAUCUGCUUUUGGGAGGUGUGGUUCCAUCCCCAAGCAACCACAGCUCACCAGCCCCACCCAGCAGCUCUGCCGAGUGCAAUGGGCUUCAGCCCUUGGUCGAUCAAGAGGGGGGAGGAGCAAAGGAACCCCCAGAACCACCUACUAUAAGCAGCAAGAAAAAGUCCAGUAAAAAAGAUGUGAUAAGUCAAAACAUACCAAACCCAGACCUGGACUGGGUCAAGAAUGCCCAGAAAGCAUUUGACAAUACAGAAGGGAAAAGGGAAGGCUACUCCGCAGAUCAUGCCCAAGAGGCAUCACCAGCCAGGCAGAAUGUGAGUUCCGUCAGUAAUCCUGAAAACGACUCGAGUCAUGUCCGGAUUACUAUCCCUAUCAAGGCACCCUGUCUAGAUCCAACCAGUCAUAAAAGGAAAAAGAGACAGUCCAUCAAAGCAGUGGUGGAAAAGAUCAUGCCAGAGAAAGCUCUGGCUUCUGGAAUCACUAUGAGCAGUGAAGUAGUUAACAGGAUACUUUCCAACCCUGAAGGAAGUAAGAAAGAUCCCCGUGUCCCUAAGUUGGGUAAAAUGAUAGAGAGCGAGUCCCCCUCCAUUGGCCUUGAAACGGGUGGAAGUGCCGAGAAAGUUGUCCCGGGAGGUGUGUCGAAGCAACGGAAGCCAUCCAUGGUCAUGACGACUCCCACAUGCACAGAUCACUCUCCAUCAAGAAAGCUGCCGGAAAUCCAACAUCCAAAAUUUGCUGCAAAACGGAGAUGGACUUGCAGCAAACCCAAACCCACCAGUAUGCUUCGGGAGGCAGUCAUGGCCACCUCCGACAAACUGAUGGUGGAACCGCCGUCUGCGUAUCCCAUCACCCCAUCCAGCCCUCUCUACACCAACACAGACAGUCUUACUGUGAUCACGCCGGUCAAGAAGAAGCGGGGACGACCAAAGAAGCAGCCUUUGCUCACGGUUGAGACGAUUCAUGAGGGGACUUCCACCAGUCCGGUCAGUCCCAUCAGCCGGGAGUUUCCUGGCACCAAGAAAAGAAAGAGACGACGCAGUUUAGCUAAGUUGGCCCAACUGGUACCGGGAGAGGACAAACCCAUGAGCGAGAUGAAAUUUCACAAAAAAGUUGGGAAGCUUGGAGUAUUGGAUAAGAAGACCAUCAAAACUAUCAAUAAGAUGAAAACACUCAAGAGGAAAAAUAUCUUGAACCAGAUCUUGUCCUGCUCCAGCAACAUUGCUCUGAAGGCUAAAGCUCCCCCGGAGACCAGCCCUGCAGCAGCAGCAAUUGAGAGCAAACUGGGCAAGCAGAUUAAUGUCAGCAAGAGGGGAACCAUCUACAUUGGCAAGAAGAGGGGCAGGAAGCCAAGAGCAGAGCUGCCACCCCCAUCCGAAGAACCCAAAACAGCCAUCAAGCACCCAAGGCCUGUUUCUAGCCAGCCGGAUGUUCCAGCCGUGCCUUCCAACUUUCAGUCACUUGUGGCGUCUUCACCAGCAACUAUGCACCCACUUUCAACACAGUUAGGUGGGUCAAAUGGCAGCCUGAGCCCCGCCAGCACUGAAACCAAUUUUUCAGAGUUGAAAACUAUGCCAAAUCUCCAGCCCAUCAGUGCUCUUCCAACCAAAACCCAAAAGGGAAUACAUAGUGGAACCUGGAAGCUGUCUCCACCCAGGCUGAUGGCCAACUCACCUUCACACCUUUGCGAGAUCGGGUCACUCAAGGAAAUAACACUGUCCCCUGUGAGCGAGUCGCACAGUGAGGAGACGAUCCCGAGCGACAGUGGCAUUGGGACAGACAACAAUAGCACGUCUGACCAAGCAGAGAAGAGUUCAGAAUCCCGACGGAGGUACUCUUUCGAUUUCUGCUCCCUGGACAACCCGGAGGCCAUUCCGUCUGACACCAGCACAAAGAACCGGCAUGGCCACCGGCAGAAGCAUCUCAUUGUAGACAACUUCCUGGCCCACGAAAGCCUCAAGAAGCCAAAGCACAAGAGGAAACGGAAAAGCCUGCAAAACCGUGAUGAUCUCCAGUUUCUAGCCGACCUGGAAGAGCUCAUCACCAAGUUCCAGGUGUUCAGGAUCUCCCACCGGAGUUACACCUUUUACCACGAGAAUCCGUAUCCCAGCAUUUUUCGGAUUAAUUUUGAUCACUAUUACCCGGUGCCAUAUAUCCAGUAUGACCCGUUGCUCUAUCUUCGUAGGACUUCAGACUUGAAGUCAAAGAAGAAGCGUGGUAGGCCUGCAAAAACCAAUGACACCAUGACAAAGGUGCCUUUUUUACAAGGGUUCAGCUACCCUAUUCCCAGUGGAAGUUACUAUGCACCCUAUGGAAUGCCUUACACAUCAAUGCCUAUGAUGAAUCUUGGUUAUUACAGUCAGUACCCAGCUCCAUUGUACCUGUCGCACACGCUCGGAGCAGCUUCCCCGUUCAUGAGGCCGACAGUGCCACCACCUCAGUUCCACACGAGCUCCCACAUGAAGAUGUCCGGUACAGCGAAGCAUAAAGCAAAGCAUGGAGUACACCUGCAGGGACCCGUCGGCAUGGGCCUCGGUGACAUGCAGCCAUCCCUGAAUCCUCCCAAGGUCGGCAGCGCCAGUCUGUCCAGCGGUCGACUCCACAAGAGGAAACACAAACACAAGCAUAAGCACAAGGAAGACCGGCUCCUGGGGACCCACGACAACCUGAGUGGUCUCUUUGCAGGCAAAGCCACAGGCUUCUCCAGCCACAUCCUGAGUGAGCGGCUGAGCAGCACAGACAAAGAGCUGCCCUUGUUGAGCGAGAAGAGCAAACAUAAAGAGAAACAGAAGCACCAGCACGGCGAGGCCAGCCACAAAGCCUCUAAGAACAGCUUUGAGGUGGACACCCUGUCUACGCUGUCACUGUCUGAUGCCCAGCAUUGGACGCAAGCUAAGGACAAAGGCGACUUGAGCGGUGAGCCUGUGGACUCAUGCACAAAAAGGUACUCGGGCAGUGUUGGGGAUGGUGGCAGCACAAGACCGGAGAGCCUGGACGUGUUCAGUGAGAUGAACCCUUCGAAUGACAAGUGGGACAGUGACAUGAGUGGGAGUAAAAGGAGGAGCUACGAAGGCUUUGGGACGUACAGGGAAAAAGACAUCCAAGCCUUCAAGAUGAACCGCAAAGAGAGAAGCUCUUACGACUCUUCCAUAUCUCCAGGGAUGCCAAGUCCCCACUUAAAAGUGGACCAGACAGCAACGCAUAGCAAGAACGAGGGCUCCGUGUCCACCAUGAUGACCAGGAAGAAGCCAGCUGCGGUUGACAGUGUUGCCAUCCCUCCCACCCCGGUGUUAUCUCUCCUCGCUGCGUCUGCAGCGACCUCGGAUGCAGCCAGUGCCUCCCUGAAGAAGCGGUUCAAGCGGCGGGAGAUCGAAGCGAUCCAGUGCGAGGUGCGGAAGAUGUGCAGCUACACCAAGAUCCUGUCCACCAAGAAGAACCUGGACCACGUGAACAAGAUCCUGAAGGCCAAGCGGCUGCAGAGACAAUCGAAGACGGGCAACAACUUCGUCAAGAAGAGGCGGGGGCGUCCCCGAAAGCAGCCCAGCCAGUUCGAGGAGGACCCCAGAGACCAGAUGCCGGUGCUGGAAAAAUGCAUCGACCUGCCCAGCAAGAGGGGCCAGAAGCCCAGCCUGAGCCCGCUGGCGCUGGAGCCCGCCGCGGCCGCCGCGGGCCAGGACGCGGUCAUGGCCACCAUCGAG